AUGAUUGAGCCAAGGAUAAAUGGUGUAAAAAUUCAAAUGGAGUUGGAAACUGGCGCACCAUGUGGUAUAAUGAGUAGAAAUACAUUUCGAUCACGGAUUGGGAACCAGAGGCUACUAAAGACUGACCGGCGUUUUGCAAGUUACACUGGGCAUAGAAUAGAGUGUGUUGGGCGUGUAGCCGUCAAUGUGUCUGUUGGUCUAUCUACUCGCAAGCUGAACUUGUAUGUCGUCGAUGGUGAUUUCGACGCGCUAUUUGAAAGGGAGUGGAUUUCUCAAUUUGUGAAUGAGAUUGAUUUUGUCAGAUUGUUUUCUUCGGAGCCUGUCAUGAGUAUUAAAACUGCCACACCGCAUUUAUCACCUGAGGAGCUGAGUAGACUACAGAGUACAUUAUCAAAGUUUGACGGAAUAUUUGGAGAUACUGCUGGUAAGUUGGAUUUUCCACCAGUAAAAUUGAAUUUGCGUCCGGACGUUAGACCAGUUUUUGCCAAGGCCAGAGAUGUUCCAUUUGCAUUAAGGAGUAUAUACGCCGCGGAAAUUGAUAAGAAAAUAGCUUCUGGGUUUUACAAGAAGGUCGAUUUCUCAGAGUGGGCAUCGACUACUCAUAUAGUUUCUAAGAAGGAUGGUGGCAUACGUAUAACGGGUAACUACAAACCGACGGUUAACCCUAGAAUUAUAAUAGAUGAACAUCCCAUCCCAAAACACGAAAAUUUAUUUAACAACAUGCACGGGGCAAAGCUGUUCUGCCAUUUGGAUAUAACAGAUGCAUAUUCGCAUCUGCAGAUUGAUGAUGAAUUGGCGCAUGCACUUACGCUAAAUACCCCCACACACGGGUUAAUACGACCAACAAGGGCUGUUUAUGGGGCUGCCAAUAUACCAGCUAUUUGGCAAAGGACUAUGGAGACCAUCCUGCAGGGCAUAAACAAUGUGUGCAACUUCUUCGACGACAUAUUGAUAUAUGCCGAUAGUUUUGAUAACUUAUUAGCAACUCUGGAGGCGACAUUAACCCGUUUGAGAGAAAAGGGUUUAAAACUUAACAGAUCCAAGUGUGUGUUCGCGGCUCCAGCGGUUGAAUUUCUUGGGCACAAGAUUGAUGAGUAUGGCGUUCAUAAGUCAGAUAGACAUGUAGCGGCAGUAAGAGAUGCACCAAAACCAAGUAACCAUGACGAACUGCAAUUGUUUCUUGGAAAGGCUAAUUAUUAUGCAUCUUUUAUAGCAGAUUUAUCUACAAAGAGCAGGCCGUUGCGUGAUGUAAUAUCACAAAAGCCUUUUAAGUGGACAGUGAAUGCGGAAAAAGCGUACAUUGAUAUUAAAAAUGCACUAAUAUCUGAUCAAGUCUUAAUGCCCUACGAACCGUCGGCACCACUACUGCUAGCAACAGACGCGAGUGGCAUUGGCUUAGGCGCCGUUUUAUCGCAUAGAUUGCCUGAUGGACGCGAAAGGCCUAUUGCCUUUGCUACCAGGACUUUGACAGCGACCGAACGUAAGUAUCCUCAAAUCGAUAAGGAGGCACUAGCCAUUGUUUGGGCGGUAAAUAAGUUCUUUCUUUAUGUGUAUGGCCGCCACUUCACCCUUAUUUCGGACCAUAAACCGUUGACACAGAUACUGGAUCCGUCGAAGUCUUUGCCAGUUUUAUGCAUAAGCCGUAUGGCCAACUACGCUAAUUUUUUGGCGAAUUUCAAUUUCACUGUCGAGUUCAAGACAACGAAGGCAAAUGCGAACGCCGACUACUGUUCUAGAGCAAUGCGAGUGGACGAAGCUUGUAACACAAUUACUGAAUAUGACGACUUCGAUGGAUUUCUAAUUAACCAAAUAGAUCAACUUCCUACUAAUGCUACUAAGAUUGCAUCCGAAACAAGGAAAGAUAAGAAAUUAGGUCCAAUCUUACGAAUUUUAGAGAGUGGUAAAUCUCUCCAAGCACAUGGGUAUAGAUCUCCCGAGAUUAAUUACAGGUUAUCAGGAGGAUGUCUCAUCUUUGAACAUCGAGUGGUGAUUCCAGAAACGCUACGUGUGAAAAUUCUACAGGAUUUGCAUUCGGCUCACUUAGGGAUCGUAAAAAUGAAAGGCAUUGCAAGGUCAUUCGUUUACUGGCCUGGAAUUGAUAAGGAAAUUGAGAAUGUUGCGAAAAGCUGCAAGGACUGUGCAGAAAAUGUAAACGAUCCACCAAAGUUUAGAGACCACCACUGGCAAUAUCCGAAAUCACCAUGGGAGCGCAUACACGUAGAUUAUGCUGGACCUUUCUUAGGAUCCAUGUUACUAAUAGUAACAGAUGCUUACAGUAAGUGGAUUGAGGUGAAAGUGACACCUACCAGCACAUCGAGCGCUACGAUCACCAUUCUAGAUGAAUUAUUCGCCACUUAUGGAAAUUCAAAGACUACCACACAAAGAUUGGAAUGA